AUGAGCGAACCAAUCGCCGCCGCGACGUCCGAACAAAGUCCUGGCACCGAUCCAAGAUCGAAAAGGAACAGCGGCCUCUUCGCUUUCUUCAAAUGGUUCAAACCUGGAUCGCGCGAGUCCAUCAUCGCGGACGAUUCGUCACGGUCCAGCAGUCUGGAAAGUGUCGCAUCGGACAAGAGCUCGGGUACCGUCGCCAGUUUCCGAUAUGUGUCGCCGACUGUGUAUGAGAACAAAGUAGUUCUGGAAAAACAGGUCCCUAUUGGUCCUGAAACUGACACAUAUAAAGCUCGUCUCAAACAAAGAGACAAACGGAGAGAAAAUGACAAAAAUGUGACCCUAAGGAAAAAAUAUAAUUUAUUUUUCAACAGAGAGACACUUCUGAGAACGCAAAAACCUCUGGAAGAAGAUGAAAAUUCGAAAAGUUUGCCACUGAUGACUAGGGCGCAUAUUAUGGAGGUUGAACCUCAAAAGGUUCAUAGAAGAACAAACAGUGAAUCAUCGAAAGUUAGACGAGCAGGCGCCUACCUACAUGUUAAAGGCAAAAGAAAAGCUCCACAACCUCCGGGAGGCAACAAACUACCUCUAGAUCCAUCCUCAACAAACAGCCUCAAAAGAAAAAAACGCGUAGCACCAGCACCUCCUCCAAAACUCCAAAUUACUGAAAACCAAGAAGAAGACGUUCUAGCAAAUGAUUAUUUGAAACUGGACCAUGGAGUGCUCAAGCCAGUGAAAGAAGAUAACCGACCAAAGACGCCACAAGAAAAUCUCCAAGCUCAAAACAUGUAUACUCUUAGUCCGUCUUCUUCUAAAGGUAGUUUUGUGGAAGCGCCUGUGUCACCCAAGCCGUGGUAUAAGAGAAAUUCUACGUCUAAGGAAAUGUUGACGAAGAAAGAGAAUAAAUAUGAACCAAUAGAGAGAUUACCUGAAGUCCAAUACAUGCGAAACUCAACGUUAGAUCUGACCCUUGAAGAUUCCCUACCCAAUCCCAAAGACGAAAAGAGAAAAGAAGACAAACGUAAAAGCGGAUUGUCCUUUCUAACGAACAUUAGCGAAUUGGACCGUGAAGCCUCAGAAAUAAUAAAAAAUAAAGCCGAAUAUGAACGAAUCAUCAAAAUCAACAAUGAAAUUCCUGAAUUCAUGAAACCCAGAGAAAUCAAGUCCAAUAUUCCAUCAACAACAACUGAUAGCUGGGCAUCACCUAAAAGACGUUCAGCUAGAGAUUUGAUUGCUAAAUUUAAUGCCAUCACCAACGUCACAAAAGUUAGUGUGUUUGGUGUGUCUCAAAAAGAUAAAUAUUUCGGUAAACAAACUAGCUUGGAUGAAACGAAACAACGAAAACUUUUAGAAAGUCACAAAAAAAGAAUCGAGGAUAUUGACAAGAAAAAAGAAGAUAGAUUUUCGCCUUUAAUGAAGUCUGAGAGCGCUAGUGCUGUUAAAUUGUCCAUAAAAGAGUCCACUCCCAAAAUGGAAAGAAAAAGUUGGAACUGUCCUAAAUGUAAUUUGGAAAAUGAAUACUGGAGAAUUAUUUGCCACGUUUGUUCAGCCAUUAAACCAUACUUUGAUGAUUUUUCUUCUUCAAGUAAAAUAAACACUAAUGAUGCAGAACAAACAAAACCUUCCAGUCCAGUAGCAUUGAAAAAAGAUUUUUCAGCUCAAAAUAAUUUAUUCGAAAGAUCAAAAACACAAAUCGGUUUUUCGGCUUUAGCUUGUUAUAACGCAAAUAAUAAAUUAAAAUCAGAAACCUCUACAAGUAACCCGGAAUCGAAAGUCGAUGAUACCAGUAAAAAAGAAGAAAGAGACAGACUGAAGAAAAUGUUAAUUGAAAUGAAAAAUUCUUUACCCAAAAGAAAAAGUAAUAUAUUGAUGAAGCAAAAUAGUAGAACCAGUAUAAUUAUGGAAAAUCCUUAUGAUGAUAUUAAUAAAGAAACCAAAGAGAUUCCUCAAGAGAAGAAACAACAGGAGGAGGAAAACAAGCCAAUAGAAAAAACCCAAGCGGAAAAAGUUGCAGAAAUUCUAAUAGGAACUCAGCAAACAAUUUACGAAAACAUAAAAGUGCGCAAAACCGAAAACCCCGAAACCGCUAAAAGUGUGUUCGUCAGCUCAAACUAGUGCUGUCAUGAGAAAAUUAGUGCCAGAAUCCAGUUUAAAAAAAAUUAAUAGAAAAUCACAAAGUCAACAACGCCUACGAACCGAUGAAAGUGCAAGAUUUCGAGGAUAUUUAUUCGGACAAAAACGGCAAAAAUGCCGCAAAGUUAUACGCGAAUUUAGCUCAAAACGACGAACUUUCUUUGUUUUUCAAUGUUCCAAAAUGUAACUUGGAUAAUAAAUUAAGUGACAUUAACGGUGAAUCUAGGAAAAACAUCAAUACUGAUACGAUUGAAAUUAACAGACUUUUGAGACGUUUAGAAAAUGCUAUUGGAAAAGGUGAAUUGACGGAAGCUGCUAUAUUUGCUAAGGAAUUGGCACAAUUGAAAGUUAAUUGUUCGGUAAUUAGGCAAAAAGCUCAAGCGCAGAGUGGAGGAAAACAUCAAGGAUUUCAGAUAGAAAUGUACGUAGAAGACAAAGUUUCGCACCGAGGUCCAUUCCCCAUAGACGUCACAGAAUCUCAAACUGUAGCAGAAUUGAAACAGCAAAUAGCUGCAGAAUUUGAAAUUCCCGUAGAAGUGCAAAGAUGGAUAUUGGGGAAAGAGUUGGUGGUUGAUGAUAAUUCCAGUCUUAAGCACCAUAAUAUUACCGAGGGAUGUCCAGUUUUUCUUUAUUUAGUUGCUCCAGAGAAAAAGCCCAGAGAAUUUCAAACGAAAAAGUCCUCUGCCAUAGCUCAACCAUCGACAUCAACUUCAAGCAAUGAUUCUUCUACAAUAAAUUCAAUAUCGAUUAAUCUGAGGCAAACCAAAAACGUAAAUGCAACUACAAAAAAAAAUGAUAUUCCAGAACCAAAAAAGAACAAAAUCGAAGCACCCAAAAUUGUAAAUGUGAUACCAAAGUCGUCAGACGUUGCCAAAGCUGAAGUAAUUCGUAUUGUACCUAUUCAAAAAGGAAUAACAAAUGGAAAACCAGAAUCUGGUAUUAAACCUCCCUCAACAGUAACUGAAAUUAAAGUAGAUAUUAAACCAUAUUCUUCGAGAUACGAAAAGGAUGAUAUAAAAGAAGAAAAAACUGGAUUAGUUCGAGCAACAGCGACAAAAAUUGAAGUUUUCCAAGCUCCUCCAUUAUUGACGGCAAAUAUUAAUUCUACUCAAAAAACACCUAGAAGAGCUUCUGUUCAACAAACUUCCUCUCACGAAUCUUCAAAAUCCGAAACUGUAAAAACGGAAGUUAAAGAAGCAAACAUUUCUUCGACUAGUGCAAGCAGUGAUAAAAGCUCAACCAGAAUAUAUCCAAACCUAUCCAAUUUAUCUACCACCGCAACUUUAUCUCAAAUAGCUCCCAAUGCUUCCAUAGAGGAAUAUGAUACAAACACACUUAGACCACCAAAAGAAUGGGAAUGCCACUUAUGCACCCUUCUCAAUCCCGAUUCCAGCAACAUUUGCGCAGUUUGUGCUACAGUUCGUAUAAAGAAAACCUCUUUGAGGAGAUGGAACAAAAAGAAACCCGCCCCACAACCACAAAAAGAUCAAACGUAUCUUCAAUUAGUGAAUUUAGAUAGUGCUGAUUUGGUAGCUAACGCCGAUGUUUUUGAGUGCUUGGUAUGUUUCUUGGAGGUUGCAAAAGGAGAUGGUGUAACUUUGAGGGAGUGCUUGCACCAGUUUUGUAAAGACUGUUUGGCGAGGACUGUGGAGUUUUCCGAUGACGCGGAAAUUAAAUGUCCCUUCAGGGACGAAGAAUACUCGUGUAAUAUAGCAAUGCAAGACCGUGAAAUAAAGGCAUUAGUUUCUCCCGAUAUGUACGAGCAACAUUUGGCUAAAUCGAUGGCGCAGGCUGAGAAUCGUAUGGAGAAGACUUUUCAUUGUAAAACUCCAGAUUGUAAAGGAUGGUGUAUAUUUGAGGAUAACGUCAACGAAUUUCGAUGUCCUGUUUGUAGGAAGACGAAUUGUUUGACUUGUCAGGCAAUUCACAUGGGAGCCAACUGCAAACAAUACCAGGAAAGAAUGAAAGACGAAUCAAAUAUGAACGAAGAUGCUAGACGAACCAAAGAUUUCUUAGAAGAAAUGGUCGAGAAAGGGGAAGCUAUUGCCUGUCCAACUUGCAAGGUGAUACUAAUGAAAAAAUGGGGCUGUGACUGGUUAAGAUGUUCAAUGUGCAAGACAGAGAUAUGCUGGGUAACGAGGGGUCCCAGAUGGGGCCCCGGUGGUAAAGGAGAUACUUCAGGUGGAUGCAAGUGCGGACUAAAUGGAGUCAAGUGCCAUCCAAAGUGUAAUUAUUGCCAUUAG